AUGAUUUCUGAUGAAGAUUCGCCCUUUCUAAUAGAAAACUUGAAAAGCAUACUGCAAAGAGGAAACACAAAGGUCGUCCGCGACAAGAGGAAGAAGUACGUUGAUGAUAUCUUUGAUUUAGCACUUAGGAACUUGCGCUCAGGAAGGAGAAAAAUAAAAAAGUCUCAAAAAAUAGACCUUAGAAGAGUGUCAAAGGAGAUACAAAAUGGUGAAGGUUACCUCGAAGGUGAAGCAUUAACCCUUUCGAACGGGUUCUCGUCUGACGUGUGCAGCACAAAACAGGAAAGUGAACGGUAUAAUGAGUGUGCUUUUUCCGACAAGGCUAAUUACGAUUCGGAAAAUUUUGAUGAUGAAGAACAUUCUGAGUUUUCCCCUGGGUUGAGGAUCGACGAAGAUAUCAGACUCUUCAAUGAGAGUACUAAGAGGAAGUUAUUUAAUGAUUUACUCGACUAUUACAAUGUACUAAAAUUAGAGCAUUUUGAUGGGAGCUACAGUUGUGGACAAUCAUCUUAUCCACAUGAGGAUUUUGGACUUGGCCAGGAUCACAGUGGAUGUGAAAAUUUUCCAAGAGGAUUCGAGAAAAAUGUGUUGGAUAAAUCCCCACUGGAAGCGGAACAUGCCACAUCAAGAUGUGGAGGGAAGACAAAGCAACAUAAUCAUAGUGUAGGGGGAAAGACGCAACACUCCCUCCUUACCAAUGAUAAAAAAUGUAUGAAUAGAAGCGGUGCCUCUAAAAGUAAUGCUCAUGGAAGGGUCACUCCACAGUCUGUCCUUUCAAAUGGAAUGAUAAAAAAGAAGAAGGAAAAUAUAGAGCAUGCUUUUACAAACUUGGCGAAGCCCACUGUCACUGAAGACAGGAAAUUCAAAUCGGUUCAGCAGAAUUGUGGAGGCAUAGAACGAGAUUCAGGAGGAGAAAGAAAAAGUACCCACAAGGGGAGUAAUAAACAUAAUGUAGAUACGAAGGAGGCUAAGAACGGAAACAGAGGACUCGAAAGUUGUAAAGAUUUAGCGAAUGGAAAGAUUGAAGAAGUUGCUUCUUCCCAUUCCACUCAUGCUGGUAAAUCGAAAUGCACAAGUGGAGGAAACCUCAAAAUAUAUGGUUCAAAAAUAUUGCCUAGUAAAAAAUAUGUAAAUAUUCCAAAGUUGAAUUUUGGGCCUGCGCUGAGUGUACCGAAUGAGGUUGGGGAAGUAGGAGAAAUGACCGCUGAAAGGGGUGCUUCUAAAAACGGCAAAGUUUAUAAGGAGAAAAGGGGAAGUAGAAAGUUAAACGUAAAUAAAAAUGAUAACCACUUAGAAAGAGAUGCCAGUGAGCCAUCAACAGAUGCACAUGCCUGCGAUGAGGAGAGGAGUCAUGUGAGCCUUAAAAGUUGUGUUUCUAGUAGAUUAGAUCAUUCGAGGCUAAAUGAAGAGAGAAAAAAGCGGAACCUCCCACCAGAGGAAGAAGAAUUAGACAGUAAAGAAACAGACACCUUCCUAAGUAAGGAGCAUAUUUGUAAAAGUUCAAUAAUUCCUUCGACCAGAAAUGGCCUGAAUAUAAAUCAAAACGGUGGUAAAAAAAGAGCCCACAGAGCAACAGCGUCUAAUUUGAGCAAUGGAAUGGAAAAGAGCAGAAGGCUUAUCGAGCACUUGACGAGGAAGACAAUGUACAAGGGGGAGAACAAGAAAAAGGGAGUAAGGAAAAAUAAAGAAAAAGUGAAGAAAUAUUUUAUGGAUUCUUCCAAUACGGGGAAUGGAAACAACUUCACGCGUGUGAAGGAAAAAGUGGAUCGUGAAAGGAAGAAGGUCGAUCGUGAAAGGAAGAAGGUCGAUCGUGAAAGGAAAAAGGUCGAUCGUGAAAGGAAAAAAGUGAAUCGUGAAAAGAAAAGAGUACAUUGUGAAAAGAAAAAAGUGGAUAUUGAGAAAUGGGAAAAUAAAUCGAACAGUAGGAACUUCGAGGGAGACUCCUUAGAAGGAGAUAUUAUGGAGAGAAAAAGAAAAAACGGGAAAUUACCCCUUCCGAAAGGGAGUGAUCAGUUCCUAUGUUAUGUGAACAGUAGGGGGGAAAAAAAGAAGGAAGGGAAAUACGAAGGGGUUAGGAUAAGCUCUGUGGAGUCCUCAAAAUCUGACAAGGACGGAAGUAGUAGAAGUUCUCAUUUGAUGCCAACUUUCGAGGGACAUCACACACAAGGUAGCAAAAGGAAUGACAAAGAGGUACUAGAAGAUGGAUCUUUAGAGAUGCUCAAGUUGUCCAUGAAACAUUUUCAUAUUUCCAAAGGGGAAGGAGAUGAAGAGAAACUUAAACUUCGCGAAAGGUAUCCUUCUGAGGGAAAAGUAGGGUAUGACCAAAAAGGAGAAUAUAUUUUUUGCGAAAAAUGUAGGGAGAUACAUGCAAAUAUGGAAGAUGAUAAUUUGAAAAAUGGUUUCAGUCAAGACAUGAUGUCUAAGAGUGUUCUUAAGGGAGAACAGAGGUAUCAUCAAUGCGGCAGAAAAGGGGAACGUUCCAAUGAGGACUGUUCCUAUGUAACCCUUGAAGAAGUUUCUAAAAAUGGAGCGCAUAACUUUUAUUUUCGAAAAAGCACAUACACCAGUUUAAGGGGAAAAUCUAUCCUCCUGAGUGGCGUAGGUGAUGGGGGCGCGAAGCACAGUGAAUCAGAUUUGUCUAAUUCGGUGAGAUUUUCCCUAAUUAGCUACCUCAGCGAGGGUGAGCACUAUCAUGAUCCGAAUGACGACAAGUAUCUUUAUCCAUUCUGCGACGAGAUGUAUGAAGAUGGAAAAAUUGCAGGAGAGUUCGACCUCCCCAGGGAGGUCUAUGCUCUGGAUAACGGUAACGAAAAUGACAACGAAAAUGACAACCAAAAUGAUAACCAAAUCGGUAACCAAAUCGACAAGGAAGACCUCUAUUUAGCCUUUCAACAAUCAAUACCCAGCGGGGAGAAGUCGCUCCCAGAUGAAUUACUACGCAGUAAGUCGCCUACCAACAAUGUGGAGAGCGAAUCUAGCGAUGACACACAAUUCAGAAGAUGUGACUACGUUCGAGGGCAUAUUUGCAGAAUAUUGAAAAAGGAAAAUUGGGAUGAUCAAGCUGAAAGUAUGUUAAACCUUUUCUUCCACUACGUGGAGGUAGAGGGAAGAUGUGAUAAAAAUGGCUACACACUGAUUAGGAAGGACAUGACAAGGGAUAAAAAGGAAAUUCGAAAGGGAGGAAGAGGAAAAAAGGGAAACAAAACGGGUGUAUGGAAACAGAAGCAUCAGAAGGUAGACCUAGAAAGGGGAGAAAGAAGUGGGGGUAUGGACAAAUUGGAAAGGGUUUAUUUGGAUGACGUCCCAAAGAGCCUUCCACUGACCAUGCUAAUAGUAAGAAACUACGAGGAGGAGAAUCUGCAUCAUCAACAUGGACAGCGGAAGGGGAAAAACGAAAAGGUAAGCGUAAGAUACAAAGUAGAGUUGACAGGUAUGAAAAAUUUCGUGCGGAUAAAGAAAGCAAUUGAGAAGGAAAAAAAAUUGUUUUCAAGGAUAGAGAGGAUAUAUGAUUUUUGUACUUUCGAUGAAGAGGACUGUGGAGAACGGUAUGACAAUAAUAUCGUGGAUAGGUUUAUUCCAUUUCCUAAAAUGGGGUGGAGUUGUUCCAAGGAAGGUUAUCAGCAUGAGGUGUUAAGUGUUCUUCACUCCACCUUGGCUCAGGAAAGGAAAGACUUCCUUUUUCAUGAUGAGGGGGAGAAUCCCAUUAAUGCGGAUAGGAGCCACGUGGGUGGAAAAGGCCUCAUGCUUGAUAAUGCCCUUUUAAGGGUUCCGAAGAAGGAGGGAACUAACAAGGCUAAUAAGUUUGUAAAGAGAUCCCCUCUCGCCAAAUGGAAUGUUAAUGUGUGUACCAAAUUGAUAAAACAGCCUGGUGGAAAAAACGCUCUUGUGAAAAAGGAUUACAAGGGUGUAGCUAUCCAUUUUUAUGAAAAGGAUCCUAUGAAAUGUUCCUUUAAGAAAGGUGUACCUGCUGUAUUUGGAAGCCCCAAAGGAAAAGCAAUCCAAAUAGGUACGUCUAAAAAAUUCCCGCUUCUGAAAAAAUCUGCAUGGGAAGGGAGUUACCCAAGGAUAAAAGAUGUUAAAUGCGGAAAGGGGCAUCAUGUAACUAAUUUUAAAGAUUAUCUUACCGAAGUGAGAAAUACACGAGGAGGUAAUAAAACAGAGGAGCCUUUUCCAAAGGGUGGAAAAAAAAGUAAAGACUCAAAAGAUACACAAGGGUGUUCCCCUUUAUCAAGUUCCAUCGUAAAAAUCGUAGAUGAUAAGAACGACGAGAAGGUUAUUACAGAUAGUUUUCUUCUACAAACAGGGGUAGAAGCAGAAGUAGUUAAGAGCGAAAUUUCGAACCGUUCAAAGGGAGAACUGGGUUCGUAUAGGAAGUUAAAAAGUUCUUCAUAUCAUAUCCUUAAAAGGGGAGGAAGUAAGAAAGACGGAGACUUCAAACUGGUCAUUGAUCCUCAGAAGGGCGUGUUGGACACUCUGGGAAGUGCUCAUAAUGGUUCCCUAAAGAAUCAUCAUGACGAGGUGCUUAGAAAAGAAUAUCGGGAAGGGGAGAACAAAGAAGGAGACUCUAAGAUGUUUGAAGAUUCAUAUGAGAGGAAGAAGAGUGAGGAUGGUGAGCACUCGCAUAGGAGGUUUAAGACGGAUAAACAGAACUACACACCAAUUGAGAAUGGAGCCCAAAGUCUAAAUGAAGUAGGAUCAUCAGGGAAACCUCGUGGAAAGGGAGAAAAACAACCCUCUAAUGAAAAGGAGGAAGGAAUUCAAACGUUGCAGGUAGAGGGGAGAAGCGAAGAAGAGUUAAGUUCUCUAUCUAAGGAUGGAAAAAGGAAAACGGAAGAUAAAGAAAACUAUAACAGUAGGAGAAGUGAGGGGAUGGUUGACAAGUUUCACCCUAAUGUGAUAGAACGAUUUUACGAGUCUUUCAAACGGAGCAAGAUGGGAAAGGAGGAAGGGAGAAAUUGGAAAGAAGCGGAGGAAAGCGGUUUAGAACAAAAAGGGGAUACGCUUAACAAGGAAGGUUCGCCUCGAAAAAUGCUUAAGUCCAAGGAAGUAGCAUCCUCAAGGAAAAACAGUCUUAGACGCAAGGGUUCUCUCAGAGAGGGGAGGAGCAUAUCACAUACUGUGAGCAAACAUGAGAAGGAAAUGAAGCAGAAUUGUGAUUUCGGCCCACCAGCUGAGAACAAAAUUGGCAGUGGUAAAGACGAAAAGACCAACAUCGCAGAAGGGUUUUUUAAGAAAAGCGAAUUUAAUGAUAUUACCUAUUUUAGGAACAAUAUCCAGGAAAAGAUUUUCCCCUUAAUGUUAGCAGAAGGGAGGAGUCCCCCACGUGUGAGCAAUAAAAAUGAAAUAAGGUGGACUACCUCGCCCCACGGGACGAGCCAUAUGUUUAAUGCUCCUAGGAAGGAUGACACUCUCACGAGGAAUAACUCCAAGCGGAGAACGAACUUGGUGGGACACCGAAAAAGGAGUCUUAUCAAACGAAGGGGAAAUCUAUCACCCCGCGUGGUGAACACGUUUUUUCCACACAAAAUGACGCGGAGCCAGAUGGGUAAAUCAGUUAUAAAAAAUGAAAAAGGGAUGGCAACGAAUUCGAACUAUGUGGAUUUAAGGAAUAUUGAAUGUUCUAAAAGUACCCUCGAAUUUCUUCUUGAAAGAAAAUAUCUCAAAAGAAAUAAUGCAGAUGAAGGAACGGAUGGUACUGAGGUGCAGAAGAAGAAGGAAAAAAAAAAAAAAAAAAAAAAAAAAAAAGACCUUUCACUUGCUUGCAACCAGAGUGAAGGACGAGUGUUGCCCAAACGGUUUGAGAUGAGUAGACAAGAAAAUGCAAAAAAAAUGUCAAGCAAGAAAAUCGCAAUUCUGAAAGGAGUACCAGAAACAGAUCAGUUCUCAAAUCUGAGUUACUUUGAAGGCGGAAAAGGAAGGCCCCCUAUCAGUUGGACGCGAAAAUAUUCUAUUGAUGAGGGGAAAAAAAAAAAAGAAGAAAAGAGGGUUCGUCCACUACCGUCGUCGUCAUUACCAUCCUCAUCAUCAUCAUCGUCGUUGUCAUCUUCACGAAGGUCAGCCACCACAACAGGAGCAACACACGAAGCAGCCCUCGCAAGAAAACUCGCACGAGGAGUGGAAAAAAGGGAGGCUUUAAAUUUUCCACAAAUCAAGGAAGCACACACAUCGUGCACGUUGCGCUCAAAUGAUGAAGCAAAAGCAACUCCUUUUGGGUAUUACCUCUUGACACAGGAAAAAGACGGAAGGAAAAUUAAAAGUUCAAGUUACGCGCAAUCGAAUAUAAGCAGCCUCAGUUAUAGGUUAAGAAAAUUUGUUCGAGUGAAACGGGAAAUUUACUUAAGUGAUAUGGACGUGGAGCGUUCGUCCGGGAUGGAUUCCAGGGUGGUGGAAGAGAAGGCAGAAGGAAGGGUCGAAGGAAGGGUCGAAGGGAAGGACGAAGAGAAGGCAGAAAGAAGAGUGGGUGAGCAGAUCCGUCAAGCAGGGCAUCACAAAAGUGACCAACGAAAGGCCCCACACAAGGACAAGCACAAGAGUGCAAGCAAAAUAGGAUCGCCCCUACGCAAAGCUCCCGGAAAGAGGAUCAAACAGACAUAUCAUUUCUUAACCAUUAAAAUAAACAUCAUCACAGUCUUCCUACAAAGCUCGUAUAUUAAAAGAAUUAACAUGAACGUAAGUUACAACAUACAGGUGAAAAUUUAUUCGUCUAGUGAUAGGAAGACCAUCGAGAAAAAUUGGACGAAGGAGACCUUCCCAUGCUACUUCACAUCACACACAAGCGGCAUAGGCUUAAGCUCUGACGCGUUCAAGAAGAUUGACGUAAUGUGUGAAAGUGAGUCGAGGCAGAUCUUCAAACUGGUUGUAUCUUGUCGUCGGGAGAAGUCCUUCCUCAAAAAGGAGCUCAUACGAAUUUACAGCAGGACGUUUGAGGCGCCCAUAGAAUUGAAAACCUACUCCCUGAGCAAAAACAAGAAGUACGCCUUCGAAACGGGAAGUUCAAACGACGAGCUGUACGAGAUGAAUGGUAACAUUAUCAUGGGUACUUUGUAA